AUGCAUAAUGGGAAGCUAAAUACUUAUUCUUUCCUAUUUCAAGGACGGAAGAUCACUCUCCUUCCGACUCCUGAAGCAGACCAGCCAACAAAAAAUAACAAAUCUAGCCAACCAGCAAAGCAGGGUCUACUCAUUGUCUCCAAGACACAGUUCGAGAAAGAGAUCCAUGCACCAGUCCCGCUAUUUGCAUUGGUCGCGAUCGAAACCGCAAAGAAACAAGCGACACCAAUACCGCUGGCGUUUUCUUCUAUUUUACAAGAGUUUCAAGAUCUUUUUCCCGAGCUACCUGCUGGCCUACCUCCUCUUCGCGAUAUUCAACAUCACAUCGACCUGGUUCCUGACGCAGUUCUCCCGAACCGUGCUCAUUACCGCAUGAGUCCUGAAGAACACGAAGAGCUACGAAGACAAGUCGAAGAGCUUUUGUUGAAAGGUUAUGUUCGGGAAAGUCUUAGCCCAUGCACGGUCCCAGCUUUGUUGAUCCCAAAGAAAGAUCGUUCUUGGCGCAUGUGCGUGGACAAUCGAGCCGUCAAUAAAAUUACAACACGCUACAGAUUCCCAAUUCCCCGCUUGGACGACCUACACGAGUUUUGGUUUCUUAAUAAAAACUCGAUUCUGGAUUAUGAAGAAUAUGUCAGUGGAAAGUGA